AUGGCUGAUACUGAACGAGGCGCCGGUUCUUCCACAACCGAAGCCGGACCGGCGGGUCUCGAUAAAGAGACGAAUCAGCCUCAAGUUGAUCCCUUGUUAGUUGCCUGGAAUGGUGACGAUGACCCCGAUCACCCGUAUAACUGGAAUCAACCUUUGAAAUGGGCCAUUACCAUCCUUCUUUCUUUCGGCGGCCUCGUUACGCUCAUGUCCGGCGCAAUGCUGGCACCCGCCCUGCAGGACAUCGCACACGAUUUUAACACGAACGAAAAGAAUGCUCAAAUAUUUCUUUCCAUCUAUGUUCUUGCUUUUGCGUUUGGCCCGAUGGUACUGGCACCGUGUACCGAGGUGUUUGGCAGAAGACCCGUCUGGCUGAUUUGCGCCUGUUACUACAUUGUAUGGAACACGGCAGCUGGAUUUAGCAAAUCCCCAGGGGUUCUAAUUCUCUGUCGCGUCAUGUCGGGUAUCGGUGCUAGUGCUGAGUUUGCCGUCAGCAGCCCUGUACUGGCAGAUAUCUGGAGACCUGAACAACGUGGCAAGUCGUAUGCCAUUUCGACAUUCUUGCCGCUCCUGGGCCCUGCCCUUGGACCCAUCAUUGGCGGUGCCGUAACCCAGACAAUCGGGUGGCGAUGGAUCUUUUACAUUCUAUCGAUAUAUGACGGGAUUCUUGUUGUUAUCGGCUUCUUUCUGCUACCGGAAACCUUCAAGGUGAUACUCCUGGAGCGGAAAGCAAAGAAGCUGAGCAAGGAGACUGGAAAAGCAUACUACACAAGUGAAAGCCACGAGAAACUCAGCUCGAGACUUGCGGUAUCUCUGACUCGCCCAUUUCGGUUACUCUUUACGCAUCCUACCAUUCAACUCAUGGGUGUCCUUCUCGCCUACAACUUUGGCCUCUUGUACCUUGUCCUCGCGACAUUCGCUACCCUGUGGAUCGACCGCUAUCGCCAAAGCAAGCUCAUGAGUGGCUUGCAUUACAUCGCUCUCGUAAUCGGGUACACAGUCGCCUCGCAAGUGGGCAGCAGGUUCAUGGACAAAAUUUGGGCAUACCUGAAGAAGCGUGCGGGCGGAACCAAGACGGCUCCCGAAUAUCGAGUGCCGCUAAUGGUUCCUGGAGCAUUUCUUGUUCUCACUGGCAUCUUCAUCUACGGGUGGACCGCCCAGUACCGUGUGCACUGGAUUGGACCUGACAUCGGCAUCGCCAUCUUUGGCUGUGGCAUUAUUCUCAAUACGCAAGCGAUGCAAGCGUAUGUUACCGAGUCGUACAUUGGCCACGUGGCAUCGGCCGCCGCAGCCUCGCAAUUCUUGCGCAGCAUCACCGGCUUUGCGUUUCCGCUCUUUGCACCAGCGCUGUAUGCUGACCUUGGCUAUGGCUGGGGCAACAGUGUGCUGGGGUUUGCGUUCAUGGUCCUGGCAGCACCAGCCCCGAUUGUACUGUGGGUGUUUGGCGCAAGAAUGAGAGCCAUUGGGAAGCACAAAUAG